AUGACGUCAUUCAUAUUCAGGCUUCCAAGAUGGCUGACAGUACCAGAGUCAAACAUUGCAUUAACAAUUGAAACAAGAAAAAUGUUACAGAACCUAGAGAACAACAAAAACAAGAUUCAAAUACACUGGAAGCCAGGACAUAAAAAUAUAGAGGGAAAUGAAAUUGCAGACAACCUAGCAAAGGAGGCGGCAAGUGAAAUGAUAGGUAAACAAGUGGAUGAAAACUCUAGGAAAGUAAACAAGAAAGAAUUAACGAAAGAUUUAAGGUUAAAUGCAAUACAAAAAUGGCAAAGAAGAUAUGAAAAUACUGAAGGAAAUGGAAGAUUUAUGGAGAUUUUUCCAACAGUUCAGUCCAGAAAACCGUAUCAAUCAGAAAGAAGGAUGGAAUGUACUCUAAAUCAGAUUAUAACAGGUCACUCUCAUCUGAACAGUCAUAUGUCAAAAACUUUACAUGAUGUGCAGGAGAUAUGCCCAAACUGUGACAAAGUAGAAACUACUAGGGAUGUGCCUAAGUAUAAUUUAAUUAAUUAUAAUUAA